AUGGAAAGGGAUAGAGUUGUUGGAUCUUGCAACUCCCCUCCUUACUUUGACGGAAACAACUACGCUGCAUGGAGAGAAAAAUUUGAGAUAUUCCUUGAUGCUCUUGAUGAGUAUGCAAGUGAGUAUCUCACAAAAGAGUGGGUUGCUCCAGUCAAGACUGUUGAGAGUAAAGCUUGGGAUAAACUAAGGGUGGUUCAUGAAGGGGAUGACCAAGUUAGAACCCUAAAACUUCAGAUGGUGCUUGCACAAUUUGAAGAACUUAGGAUGUCUGAAACUGAGUCUAUUUCUGAGUUUUAUGGGAGAGUUGAGAUGAUCACAAAUGAAGCCAUGAGUCUUGGUCAACCUAUUGAAGAGCUUCCUGUUGUUCAGAAAAUUCUUUGUGUUCUACCAUCUCGGUUUAGAGAAAAGAAAACCGCAAUCAUGGAGGUCCAAAACUUAAAUGAAAUUAAGCUUGGCAAGCUUGUAGGAAAAUUGAAAACAUAUGAGAUGGAGUUAAAUAUGGAAGAAAAUGACACUAAAAAAUCAAAAAAUGUUGCACUUCAAGGAGUGCAUGAUACCUCUCUGAAAGGUGGUGAAAAAUUCUCAUCUAAUGAGAGGAACAAGGAUAUCAAACCUUUUACUAAAGAUUUUAGAAAAUCAGUCAAGUGCUUCACUUGUCGAGGCAUUGGGCACUAUGCUGCCGACUGUGCAAAUAAUCAGAAAAAAUACUCCAAAGGAAAGGACAAAGCCAUAAAAGUGAGCUGGAGUGAGAGUGAAAGUGAAGUGUCUCAAGCGGAUUCAUCUUCCUCUGAUAAUGGUGACCAACAAGUUUCCUUUGUUGCCUUUGUACAGCUGGUGUCUGAUGAAUCUGAUUAUGAGUCAGAUGACCUGUCAUACGAGUCAUUAGGAAGAAAAUAUGAUUGCUUUUUCAAAGAGACAUUAUCCUUGAAACAACAGAGUCUCAAACUUGAGGCCAAUAACCAAGAUCUUCAACAUGAAAUUCUCAUCUUAAAAGAAACCAAAAAAGAGUUGAGUGACAAAUUUGAGUCUCUAGAAAAAGAAAUUGUUGCACUAGUGUCAAUUAGGAGUAAUCUUGAAAAACAAGUUAAUGUGCUUAAGGAAAGUAACAUUGGUUUCCAGAACUCAAACAAACAGCUCAUAGGUGAAUUGAAUAUAGCAAAAAGUAAGGUUAUAUCUAUGACCAUUGGUGCCUCAAAAAUUGACAAAAUGUUGAAUAUGGGAAAACUUCAUGGGGACAAAGGUGGUCUUGGAUUUAAUCAUUUUGAUUAUAGUUCCUCUAGCUCUACCACUAAGUUUGUCAAGUCAAAAACUCCAGCCAUUGCAUCUCUUGAUGUUCAGCAGGUAGUCAAGAAACCUGCGUUUGUUCCAACUUGUCACAGGUGUGGGUUGACUGGUCAUAUUCGACUAGUCUGUCAUAUGUACAGAAAGGGUAAGACAAGAAAAUUGUCUUCAAAAUCUAAAAGGUAUCCCAGAUCUUUGCAACAUCUGGUUGAUCAUUUGCUAAAUGAAGUAACUAAGAUUGCCAAACUUGUCUCCCUUAAAAUGAGUUCACCCAUUGUGCCUAAGUCUACUUGGAUUGCAAAAGGUCAUACCAAAUGUCUUGUUGUGCUAAAUGCUUUUGCUGCUUUAAACACCAACUCUUGGUACUUUGAUAGUGGCUGUUCCAAACAUAUGUCUGGUGACAAGAGUGUUUUCUCAUCUCUCAGCCCUUUUGAUGGAGGCAUUGUGACUUUUGGUGGAGGUCAUAAGUCUCAAGUUGUUGGAAAAGGUACUGUUUGUAUCCCUAGAUUACCCGAGCUUAAGAUUGUUAGAUUUGUUGAGGGUCUCACAUCCAAUCUCAUUAGUAUGAGUCAGCUGUGUGAUGAUGGAGUAGUAGAAGUUAGAUUCUCCAAGCAUGGCUGCAAAAUCAUCCGAAAAGGUGGCAAUGAGAUUGUGAGCAUGGCAAGGUCUGGGGACAAUUGCUAUUGCAUUGAUGGUGUCAAUGUUGCAAAAGAAGUAGUUUGCAAUAAGGUUGUGAAUGAAACAAGUGUCUUGUGGCAUCAAAGGCUUGGACAUGUGAACUUUAGAGACUUGUGA